AUGCCUCCUUCUGCCACAUCGAUUGAGGAGAGACAACCCGUUCUGCUCCCGUGCGGUGGAUGGGAUACUCAUCACCAUAUCUUCGAACCCGAAUCUUUCCCUUACAGCCCAAACAGGCAUUUAACUCCGCCGCCCGCGACGAUUGCCGCGUUUGAACAAUUCAAAAGAAGCUUAGGCAUCACGAGAUCUGUACUCACACAUGGAUUAUCCUACGGAAAUGACUGCACAUCUCUCAAGGCGUUCGUCCCUCGCCUCGGUAGCCAAAAGACCCGGGCUGUUGGCGUUAUCGAUCCUGAAACGACGACAGACGAGGAGUUACUUGCGAUGCACAGAGCGGGUGUCCGCGGCCUUCGCGUGAACCUGUAUCAGUACAAAGCUAUGGAAGAUGUCGAGUUGCAAAAAGUUGCUCUGCGUGCGCAUCUGAAGAGGAUUAUAGAUCUAUCGCUCCCCUGGAGCUUAACGAUGACGACGACCCGCACCGAGUUCUGGACCACGCUGGAGCCCUUCGUCCGAGAUGUCAUAGUCUCGCAAGGGGUCAUCUUGGUUACAGAUCACUUUGCGUUGCUGAAGGCGACAAGUCUGCUGCCCGGUGAACAUCGCGAGGACCCGACGACCCAGCCAGGGUAUGACGCCGUGAUGAGACUAGUAAGGGACGGCCAUCUGUGGGUAAAGCUGAGCGCACCGUAUCGCAUCAGCGACGAAGACCCAGGAUACUCAGAUGUAAAGUUUCUAGUGCGCGCAUUUGUCGAUGCGAACAAGCACCGGGUGCUGUGGGGCAGCGAUUGGCCGCAUACGCCGCGAAUGAAGGUCCGGACACACGAGGCUGCCAUGAGGGAGACGCCGUAUCUUGAGGUAGAUGAUGCGGCAUGGCUCAAGAGCCUGAGGUCUUGGCUCUCAGAUGAGGAGUGGGAUCUUCUAAUGGUUCAGAAUCCAAGCCAUAUCUUUGGACGGUGA